GACCAAAACAACAAUAAGACAAGAGGAGUCAAGGGAGGAAGGAAGAAACCAAGAACUCAUUGAAACAAGAGCCAUACCCCAAAAUCAGCGAGGCUAAACAUCAGAGACAAUGUUGGGAUCAAGGCUUGCCUUCUGCUACGGAUUUGUGCACCUGCUGCUGCAGACGCACCUCCUCGUGUGUGCCUACCCCUACAGCGACCCUGUGGUCAGAGAUACCGACGCUUUAAAGACCUUACUUCAACGCCUAGAAGAUGCAUUUUUGCUGAACGUCAGAGCAGAAUCAUUAGAGAGGGGGCAGGUGGCAGAUGGAAUGCCCGAAGAGCGAUCAUUCGAAGCGGAGGAUGCAAGCCAGGAGCGAGACGCAGAAGAAUCGGUUAUUGGAUACAGCACGCAGGAUGCGGAGGAGGCGCGCCUCUCGGACAGGAGUGCCAGUGGAUUUCUGAACCCACUGAGAAACGCAAAACGAUAUUCUGGCUGCUUCGGAAGGAGAAUCGACCGCAUCGGAUCAAUGAGUGCGCUGGGGUGCAACGGUGGUUCUAGAAUGAGUUACAAAAGAAGUUAAAACCAUCAUAAGAGAUCCCUACUGUACACCCGCUCUGAGGAAUGGGGAUUUUUCAAGAUAAUAAAAUGCCAUUAAACAACUUUCUGUUUAUUUGAUAUAUUUAUUUAUUACUUCUGUUUGUUUAAUAUUUAAUAUUUAUUGAACAUUAUUUAUUUUAAAACGCAUUGAUUUCAUUGUUAAUUUAUUGAUUUCUGUUUUAACUGCAGUAACUGUAUUUCAAGUCAUUUGAAAAAAGAUACAAUAAACUAUCUUUAUUUUAUCAA